GCAGAGGUUUGUACUCAGAGGCGUCCUGGCUCUAUCACCCAUCUCCUUUUUCUGUUUAUUCACAUUUUCAUUUUUAUCAACUUCUAAGCCACGAUGAGUCAAUUUAAGCAGUUUGGUGGUGGAGCCCAGAAGAAGGGUUUCAGCUCAUUCUCUGUGUCCAGAAGUAGUGGAAGCUUUGGAAGUGCUGGAGGUUCUGGAGGUGGUGGAGGUGCUGGAGGAGCUGGUGGAGCCGGUGGAGGAGGUUUUGGUAGCAGAAGCCUUUUUAACGUGGGAGGUAGAAGGACCAUCUCCAUCAGUACCGCAGGUGGUCAAGGUGGAUAUGGUGGAGGUGGCUUUGGUGUAGGAGUUGGUGGUGGUGGCUUUGGUGGUGGAGGCUUUGGUGGUGGAGCAGGAGGAUUCGGUCAAGGGUUUGGUUCUGGGGGAGGCCAAGCUGGUAUUCAAGAGGUGACAAUUAACCAAAGUCUUCUGGCACCACUGAAUUUGGAGAUUGAUCCUGAGAUACAAAAAGUCAGACUCCAAGAAAGGGAACAGAUUAAAACCUUGAACAAUAAAUUUGCCUCCUUCAUUGAUAAGGUACGGUUCCUUGAGCAACAAAACAAAGUACUUGAAACAAAAUGGAGCCUCCUGCAAGAACAAGGAGGGCAAGUCAAGGGUGGAGCCCGUGGCAAAAGCAAUAUUGAAGCUAUAUUUGAUGCAUACACCAACAGCCUGAAGAGGCAGUUGGAUGCUUUACAAAAUGAUAAAUACAGGCUGGAUGGAGAGCUUAGGAACAUGCAAGACUUGGUGGAUGACUUCAAGAACAAAUAUGAAGAUGAAAUCAACAAGAGGACCUCAGCAGAAAAUGACUUUGUUAUACUUAAGAAGGAUGUAGAUGCUGCCUACAUGAACAAGGUAGAGCUUGAAGCUAAGGUUGAUGCUUUGACUGAUGAGAUCAACUUCCUCAGGACUCUCUACGAACAAGAAAUGGGUCAGCUGCAGGCUCAGAUAUCGGACACCUCAGUCGUCCUCUCCAUGGACAACAACAGAGCUUUGGAUCUGGACAGUAUCAUCGCUGAGGUGAAGGCUCAGUAUGAGGACAUUGCCAAGAGGAGCAGAUCAGAGGCUGAGGCUACCUACUCAGUCAAGGUCAAGGAGCUGCAAGCAUCAGCUGGUGCACAAGGUGAUGUUCUCCGCAAUACCAAGAAUGAGAUUUCUGAGCUAAAUCGCAAACUCCAGAGGCUUCGCGCUGAGAUUGAAAAUAUAAAAAAACAGAAUGCCAAACUUCAGACAGCCAUUGCUGAGGCAGAGGACCGUGGAGAGCUUGUCCUGAAAGAUGCUCAUGCCAAACUUGCCGAGCUAGAAGCAGCUCUUCAGAAGGCAAAACAAGAGAUGGCUCGCCAGCUGAGAGAAUACCAGGAACUGAUGAAUGUCAAAUUGGCUUUGGAUGUGGAGAUUGCCACAUACAGGAAACUGCUGGAAGGAGAAGAGACCAGGUUGUCCACAGACAACAAUUUCAGCAUUUCUGUGGUCAGUGGAAAGACCUCCCUGGCAUCUGGAGGCGGUGGAGCCGGAGGAAGCUAUGGCGGUGGCUUCGGCGCUGGCAGUGGCUUCGGCGCUGGUGGUGGCUUUGGCGCUGGUGGUGGCUUCGGCUCUGGUGGUGGCUAUGGUGCUGGCGGCAGCGGUGGUUCUGCUGGAGGCUUUGGAUUCAGCUCUGGCAGCUCUUCGGGAUAUGGAAUAUCAGCUGGCGGUGGCGGUGGCAGUGGCAGCGUGAGAUUUGUGUCCAACCAAUCAAGCUACAGAAGUUAAAUCUCUCAUGCUCCACUUUGGCACAGUUCAAAUUCCUUCUUUUGCUUACCACUAAAUUGAGUUACUGCGUUACCACCAGAUUAUUCUCUAUUGCUAUUCCUUGGUUUGUGCUACAUUUGGAAACUAAGUAGAAACACAUUUUUCAUAUAGGAUGAGGGUAGGGAGCAUGGGCACUCACUUUUUUUUUAGUUGUGAAAGCUUUACAAUAUUUCGGCCUGCAUCAACCACAUCUCUAAGUGUCUUCAUCACCAGAAAGGACCAGGCCUAGUGUCUACUUUCCUUGUCCUUAUUAAAACUCUAUUAUUUAAAUGCAGGUGAAUUGACAUAACUUGUUGCCUGCAAUUUUUCAGUUUCCAACUGUAUUCCCAACUGUAUUAUCCCAGCUAAGGCUUUAAAUACUAUUUUCUACACAUUUCAUGCCUUUUCCCCAAUGGCAAAAGCCUUCUGCUUAAAAGAAAAAAAAAAUCAACCUAUAAAAAAAUAAUUUCGAAACUUCAUGAACAAAACUGAGCUGUAUUUGACAUCUUAGCAGCUACAACAAUGUCAGAUACUGAAGCUUGAUACAUGGGCUUAUGUAAUACAACAGCAAAGAGUAUUCAGGUUUUGUUUUGUGUAAUCAGACAUAUGUAAGGUGAUAAGUAGUUUGUAGAAAGGCUAACUCAUACCAUUGCUCUUAACAUUAUGUAAUUAACUAAUCCAACACAAUAAUUUGCUUAUAAGGCAGGGUAAAAAUGAUUGUCAAUUUUGGAUUUAUAAUUAGAAAUUGUAGGUCCAUGUCUAAGAGUGCUAAUGUGCAAAAGGCGCACUUUCCUUGAAUUUUUUCCUCCGUCCAUGCCAUCUACAUCAUAAUAUGAAAAAUUCUGUAUUUCACUGACUUUUAAAAAAACUUUGUCCAGCGAGCACCUAUACCAAAGUGCAUCCAUCCCAAUUGCCAAACAGGAGCCGAAGGUUGGUAUACUGCAGCCAUGCAGUCCCAUAAGAGACAGAAUUCUAUAUACUGCUCCGGAGAAUAAGAGGAGCAAUCAUUACCCAACCUUCUAAAUAUGAUGGGAUUCUUGCAAAGGUCAUUCAGAUGCUGUUUAGUCAUUAAAAAGGAAAGAUGGGGAAAGAGGAAGCUUAGUAUGGUCCAUAGAAACAUGAAACCUGCCUAACAUAGCACCUAAGUUAGUUUACAGUAUGGCUGGUAUCUGUGUAUUGUGGUACCUGAAUACCACUAAACAUGACAACAUAAUGUAUAUAGCAUGGUAUAUGUCAACAUAGCACCUCAUUAAUAUAAUACAUGCUAGCAAAGCACCCAUGUAAAGUGGCACUGUGACAUGGUUGAUUGCAGCAAAGCACUGUAUACCAUAGCACCUGUGUAAAAUGCGACUUCAGAAACAAAAUAUAGGGCAACAAGAAGCUUCUGUAAUACAUCACCUAUAUUUAGAAUGUCAUCUUUUGGUCAGUGCUUCAGGCUCCAGACGUUUUACACUCACAGGCUCCUGAGCUAAGUACCUUGUCCUAUUCUUUGGUCUUAAAUGAAGCCAUGCAAAGUGGAAGGAUAGUAUGUGAUAUGUUGUAACUUUCUGCAAUCAAUCACAAACCAUCUCUCAGCUAAUUUGUCAACAGUAAUGUGAACAAUGAUAGGUUUCUAUUGUUUACUGUAAUUCGCAGGUCAUCUAUGCAUUACUACUGUCUUACCGAAUAGGCUGCAUAUGUAAAAUUGCACUGGUCUGUAAUAACCAAUAAAAUCUCAGUUAACGGUAAUGAGACCAGAAUAAGAUGAUGUGUGGUUGCUUUACUAUGGGUAAAUGAUUAUGAUACACUAUGAUUUAUUCUACUGCCUUAUUAAGCAACAAACAUUUAGAUGUACACGGUUGCUGCUGUAUGAGUUUACAUCUGCUCUGCAUUUUGUAACACAAAUAAAGGAAGAUCUUUCAUAUACAAA